AGAGUGUGUUGAAACCGGUUACCCGUGUUCGUUGUGUGAACCACAUUUUCACGGGACUCAUUUGUCUAUUUAUAGAAACCCUCUGUUUCAGAAGUGUUCUACAAUUGAGUGACAGAUUUAGUUUGAGUCGUUCAUUCUGAAAGGGAUUCCAAAGAAUCAGGCUAUAUUUUUCUGUGGCAAGUCACUGAAAGCAAAAGAUUUAGCCUAGCUUAGUCAGAUGUUAAUAUUGAUACAUCUGAUUAGAUGUUAAUAUUGAUACGCAAUUCUCCUCGCAUGUCACAUAUUUUGGACUCUUACAACACAUUUGGGAUAUGGUAAUAGCCUUGGUCUGUGCAAAUUCCGUACGAGGCCAGACAGGCAAGGCCCACUGCGUUUUCUUUCACUCAUUCCAUUUAAUUUCAUUGGCUCUUUGGACGUCCUGUACGUAACACAAAAUCAACGUGUCCCACUACGCCACUGUAGCCUACUCAAAACGAGAAAUAAAGUAAGCCAGUUUGGGCCAGCCUACCCUCACAUUCCAAGAUGUUUCUAGCGGUCCUUGUAUUGUUACCCAUCCUGUCUCAUCUUAUCGACGCCAAGCAGAAAGAUUUUUACACAUUCAAAGUCGUUAAUAUUAGAGGGAGAUUAGUGACUUUGGAAAAGUACAGAGGUUCGGUAUCUCUGGUGGUUAACGUGGCCAGCGACUGUGGCUUCACUGAGGCGCACUACACAGACCUGCAGCAGCUCCAGAGGGACUUUGGGCCGUACCACUUCAACGUCCUCGGCUUCCCCUGCAAUCAGUUCGGGCAGCAGGAGCCGGGAAGCGACAAGGAAAUCGACAGCUUCGUAAGGCGCGUCUAUGGCGUGUCUUUCCCGCUCUUCAGCAAGAUCGCCGUGGUGGGGGCAGGGGCCAACAACGCCUUCAAGUACCUCUCUGAUGCGUCUGGGAAGGAACCUGACUGGAAUUUCUGGAAGUAUCUAAUUGAUGUCGAUGGAAAAGUUGUCGAUGCAUGGGGUCCCCAGACAUCUGUGAAAGAAGUCCGACCAAAAGUAGCUGAUAUGGUCCGAAAACUUAUCCUGAAGAAGAAAACUGAACUUUAGUGAGCCACUGUAGUCAUCUUUCAAUGAACCACUGUUACAAAUGCCAAGACACCAAGCACUGGGCAGGAAUCCAUACUGCAGAAAGAGGAGCCAUGCCUUUGAAACGUGAUAAACCUCCAUCAUAAAAUCUUGAGAACAGGAGUUUUUGAUAUUUUGAAAAUGAAACCAUCAAUAGUUCAAUGGCUCAUUAGAACAUGGAUUCAUUCAAUCAAUUUUACAUUUUUGUUGUGCACUAUUAUAUGCAGGAUAAGUGACCAUUUUGUGUUGAAAUAAACAGAUUUCUUUGCCUUGCCUUGUCACUUAUACUAUGCCGCUGCUGAAGCUAUGGAAUGUGUGAUGACACACGUGUGUGGACUAAUAAAGAAGCCAUAACCUACAGGCGUCCGAGCGCCAGAAUUGUU